AUGCCGACGGUGCGUUACGCUUUCGUCCUCGUGGCGGUGAUCGUGAUCCUUUGGGAAUGUCCGAGAGCUUCCGGUGCCGUUGGGAGCUUCCUGCGUGACGUUGAACUGAUUGCACCCUCACCUCAAGCCGAACUAAACACCGUGUACUAUUAUCCGAGCUACGUGAAAGGUGAAGAUCCUGUGGAGGAGUACAACAGGAGACGACUCCACGUGGAUACGGCCGCUUACAUGGAACCAGAAGCCGAACGGACAACGCCGUUACGUCACCCAAACGCGGCCGAAGAUUGUUGCCUCAAACGGAAGCGGAAGUACAGGGCUCAGGUGCGUCAGCCAAAAAUGCGCAUGAUUGAUGCACACUCGGAUCACGAGUUCAACUACCAGAAGGUGCGCAAGGAUGCUGGUGGACCACGGUACGUGCGAGAUGACGUGGAGGUGUUCGACAUCGAGCGGGAAUCGAACAGGAUUAAGCAACGGAAACCGAUCAGACGCAGGACACGAUCAGCCGACAGUCCGAGACGCUAUGAGGAGUCUGAUCCGCAGGUGUUCGCGUACGAACGCACAGAUGGGGAUGCGAAUGAUCCUGCCACCGUUCGACAGGACAAUGUUCCGCAGAGCAAUCAGUACUUUCAAGAUACGUUUCAGCUGCAAAAGUCACCCCUGGAGCUGGAGUUUGGCCAUCUGUUUGAGUCGAAUGAUGGUUGGGAGGAACGAUACGAGCGCCAGGAUCACCAGAAUCAUAGGCAUCAAGGCAAAGUAAAGUGGGCCGACAAAAAGGGUGGCUUCGGCGAGCAUUACUGGGACCUGAACCACAUCCAACCGAACGGCGCCUGGUGA